UGCCUUCUUUGGACAGUUAAAACCCUAAUUUCCAAAAAUCUGCAAAUUAUCAAAAUCUGAAUCCUCCCUCCACCCUGGUCUCUCUAUCUUCGGCGGCCUCCCCGAUCUCUGAGGGAAGCGAAAGGGUUGACUAUUUCUGUGCCGCCGACGAAUCGUAUGGUGUUUCUUACUGCGAAUAGAGGAAUAUCUGUUUUCGGCUGAAUUUCGAUGAUUUUUGUUUGUGAUCGCUGAGGAAGCCAUAUUGGGAAACUUUUGAAUCGAUCAGUCGGUAUUUUAAGUCAAGCGUGGGAUUUUAGAAUAAGAUAACGAUGAAAAACGUCGAGCGAUUGGCGAAUGUAGCUUUAGCAGGUUUAACUUUAGCGCCCCUCGUAGUUAAGGUGGAUCCAAACUUAAAUGUUGUUUUGACUGCUUGCCUUACUGUUUAUGUGGGCUGCUACAGAUCUGUCAAGCCAACUCCACCUUCUGAGACAAUGUCCAAUGAGCAUGCCAUGCGUUUCCCCUUUGUUGGGAGUGCAAUGCUGUUAUCACUAUUUUUGCUUUUUAAGUUUCUAUCUAAGGACUUGGUCAAUGCUGUAUUAACAUGCUAUUUCUUUGUUCUUGGGAUCGUUGCGCUUUCAGCAACACUGUUACCUAGUAUUAAACGUUAUUUACCAGAGCAUUGGAAUCAGGACGUUAUUAUGUGGCGAUUUCCAUAUUUCCGUUCUUUGGAGAUUGAGUUCACAAGGUCCCAGAUUAUUGCUGCAAUCCCUGGAACCUUUUUCUGUGCAUGGUAUGCUUUGCAGAAGCAUUGGUUAGCUAACAAUACAUUGGGACUUGCUUUCUCCAUUCAGGGAAUUGAAAUGCUUUCGCUUGGGUCUUUCAAGACUGGUGGCAUCCUUUUGGCUGGACUUUUUGUAUAUGAUAUUUUCUGGGUUUUCUUCACUCCAGUGAUGGUUAGUGUUGCAAAAUCUUUUGAUGCUCCCAUAAAGCUUUUGUUCCCUACAGCAGAUUCUGCUCGACCGUAUUCCAUGCUUGGCCUUGGUGACAUUGUAAUCCCGGGUAUAUUUGUAGCUUUGGCUCUGCGAUUUGAUGUGUCUAGAGGGAAAGACAGCCAUUAUUUUAAGAGUGCUUUUCUGGGAUACACUUUUGGUUUGGUGCUUACAAUUAUUGUUAUGAACUGGUUCCAGGCUGCUCAGCCUGCACUUUUGUAUAUUGUGCCUGCUGUUAUUGGAUUUUUGGCCGCUCAUUGCAUUUGGAAUGGCGAAGUCAAACCGUUGUUGGAGUUUGACGAGUCUAAGACUGCUAAUUCAUCCGAAGAAAGUAGUGAUGCUAACUCUAGCAAAAAGGUGGAAUAAGUUGAAAAGCCUCGGAACUCUGGCGUAUCCCACCUUGUGGAAGAAAGAAAUUACUGUUCUCAGGCGACCACUAAUGCAUUUAAAAGCUUAGUAGUGCCUAACUUGCAACUGCACGCAUCUGUAACCCUCUAUUUUUUUGGGAUUAAGCAAGAAAUAAUAUUUUAGCUUCUUAUAACUUUUACAACCCUUUUUUUAAGUUCUUCCUUUACUUGCUCAAUACAACGGAAUUUUGUGCC